AUGCCUUCUUUCUUUGUUAAACAUAAUGAAUAUUGUUUAUUAUAUUGCACAAAAUCAUAUUCCUAUGAAAAAAUUACCAUCUUUAGUUCAACUUGCAAAGAAUUGCAUACACCAGAUAUUUCUGAUAAAUCAUUCUCAUAUAGUGAUGAAAUUGCUGGUAAUGACAUGUUAGCUGCUUUAUCAGAAGUUAUCUCAGAAAAAAUAUGGGAUGAAUUGUCAGAAGUAGGAGUUAUAAUAGAUGAAUCCACUGAUAUAACUACUACAAAGCUUAAUCAAGUCAAAAUUACAUGA